AUGCAUCAACUCAAGCCAGCUUUUUUUAAUAAUAAUUCAACAGUAAAACUACCACCAGGUCAUACUAAACCUCCUUUGCUUCAAAUAAUUUCCCUGGAUCACUAUGUUCCAGACGAAUUACAUAUAAUGUUGAGAAUAUGGGGUCGGUUAUGGGAUUUAGCAAUUCAAGAACUCAAAAUAAAAAAUCAAUUUAAUGAAUUAACAAGAACAAAAAUAAUUGCAGAAAUGAAUAGAAUUAAAAUCUCAUUUGGUUUCUGGCAGGAACAGGGAACACAAAACUGGUCCUAUACUUCGCUAAUAGGAGGUAACAAAGAAAUUGUAUUAAAAAAUUUCAAUUUUGGAGUUGUUUUUAAUGAGGAGCAUGCAUUUUUGAUUAAUCGUUUAUGGCGAGAUUUUUAUCAACUCUAUAUUAAUAUGAAAUCUAAUAAGACCAAUCCGUCUCAAUUUGCAAAUCAAACAAAAGAAUGGUUGGAUUUAUUUCUUACUCCUUCCCAAGGAGAGCCUAAUACUAUUAACUUUAAGAUGGGUUAUAUCGUCCAAAAGAUUCCAGUGGAGAAGAAAAAUCAUGAUCAAGUUUCUGCAUUUUUUCGAAAAACAAUGAAAGAUGGUGGAAAAGGCAUGGAGCCAUUUUCAAAAUUUUACAUUAUGAAAAUAGAUCAUUGUAUUUUGCUUAAAAGUGUACCAUAG